AGUUGCAAUCGUGCUGCAGUACAGGUAACUACCCAGAACUACUGUGUCUUGCAACUCUUCAUGAUGGUGCCUCAGAAUAUGUCAGAACCAUCAGCAGGACACCUUCACUGACACGGCAGUGUGUCAGAACCAUAACUGACACGGAGGUGUGUCAAAACCAUCACUGAGACAUCAGUGUGUCAAAACCAUCACUUAGACGGCAGUGUGUCAAAACCAUCACUGAGACGGCAGUGUGUCAGAACCAUCACUGACACGGCAGUGUGUCAGAACCCUCACUGACACGACAGUGUGUUAGAACCAUCAUUGACACAGCAGUGUCAGAACCACCACUGAGGCGGCAGUGUGUCAGUACUCUCACUAAGACGGCAGUGUGUCAGAACCAUCACUGACACGGGGGUGUGUCAGAACCCUCACUGACACGGCAGUGUGUCAGAACCACCACUGAGGGGGCAGUGUGUCAGAACUCUCACUAAGACGGCAGUGUCAGAACUAUCACUGACACGGUGUGUGUCAGAACCCUCACUGAGGCAGCAGUGUGUCAGAACCCUCACUGAGACGGCAGUGUGUCAGAACUCUCACUGAGACGGCAGUGUGUCAGAACCAUAACUGACACGGAAAUGUGUCAGAACCAUCACUGAGACGGCAGUGUGCCAAGACCAUCACUGAGACGGCAGUGUGUCAGAACCCUCACUGACACGGCAGUGUGUCAGAACCCUCACUGACACGACAGUGUUAGAACCAUCAUUGACACAGCAGUGUCAGAACCACCACCAAGACAGUAGUGUGUCAACCACGAGCAAUACACUAUCACUGCCAUAACAGUGUAGGAGGGUGCCAAAACCUUGAUACAAGAUGUAUUCUGUAAGUAAUACAAACCUCUCUAUCCCUGCUCUAGGCCGGCCUUUCUGUCUUGGGAUGCUUUACGACUGUAGGAACGACCAAUUAAUCCAGGGAGUAAGUCUCUGGGACACAUCAACUUUGGAAGAAAAAACUGUCCUAAGACUUACAAACACUGAUUCUCGCAUAAUUGCUUCUGACUCUCUGGAAGACAAAGCCUCGGCUCUUGAUAUUAAUGCUAACCUGAAGUUGAGUUUCCUCGGAGUGUUUCAUGUAUCGGGAUCAGGAAAAUACCUGCACAACGAGAAGACUUCCAGUAAACAGGAGAGAGUCACUCUGCAGUACAAAUGUAGCAUCAGGUCGGAGGCCAUGACGAUGGAACAACUUGGCAAGGGUAAAGUGCAGCAUCAAGAUGUAUUUGAUAAUGGAAUUGCAACGCACGUCGUCACUGGAGUAGAGUAUGGAGCACAAGCUUUCUUUAUUUUUGAGAGAGAGUGUUCCUCAUUUUCACUGGACAAGCAAAGUUCUGGAGAAUUGCAAGGUAUGUUGAAAUUAAUAAAAGAAAUUCCAAUAGAUGGUAAAGGACAAAUGGAUAUUUCUGAAAAUGAAAAGAAAUACGUUGAAAAUUUUACUUGCACAUUCAUUGGAGAUUUUCAGCUCCAAGAAAAUCCUUGCACCUUUGAAGAUGCCGUUCGAGUCUACAAGAACUUACCAAAGCUAUUAGGGGAGGAAGGACAAAAUGCUGUACCAGUUAAAGUCACAUUGUACCCUUUAGCACUUCUGGAUAAUAAAGCCAGUAAAUUCGUGCGUGAUAUUAAUGCAAACUUAACCAGUGAGACAGAAAAAGUUUUUGAAAACCUCCAUGAGCUUACUAUUAGGUGCAACGAUUUAAAUCAUUCUUCUGUUGCAGAAAAAAUUAAUAUUAUCCAAAAGGAAAUACGUCACUUUAAAUCAAUGAUCAUCAUUUACAAGCUUGAAUUCCAAAGACAAUUGGCAGUGUUGCUACCCAGCAUCAAAGGUGGAGGAGCUGAGGAAUCACAACUGGCAGAUCUUCUGAAGAAGAAAGAGGCAUCUCCAUUCAGUUACCUGAACCUUCACACUUGGCUCCAAGAUAAAGAAAAACUUAUAAAAAUUCUCAAUGAAUAUAUCAAUAUGCUAUCAGAGAUCAUGUUUGCCUCAGAACCUGGUGAUUUGGAGGUAAUGAUGAUGAAGGCAGACAUUAACUAUAUCUUCUGCCUUCAAAUUCUUAUCCCACAAAACAACUCUCAGCUUCUAAAAAUGGAAAUGUAUAAUGAAAAUAAAUAUGACCAUGAAAGUGACAAUGAAAGCACUGAGGGAAACUUUGAGGACACUCUAAAAAGAAAUUACGGGAUGGAGAAAUCUAUUUUAAAGAAAGUCUCACAAUUUAGAGACUUCUUUCUAUCCAACAAAGAAAGCAAAGGAACUUCCUUUGCAGUGACAGUGAACUAUUCUGAUACAUUAGAUUAUCAGGCUCAUAUUCAGUGUUUUAAGCAGGGUGGUAUCAUAAAUAAGAAUUAUGAAAUUCCUUCAGAACCUAUCAUGCCUGAAGCUGACAGUACUGAAAGUACUCAUAAUAGUUUUACCAUUGCUUGGAUACCACCACAAUAUGGCGCUUCAAGUGUGCAAAAUUAUGAAAUACUUUACCAACAAGUGAGUACAGACAAUCCCCCUGUGAGCUCGAGGGUUAAGACAGAUUCACACACUCUUAGCUAUACUGUUCCCAACCUUGAGGCUAACUGUGCCUACCAGGUGAGUGUACGGAGCCUGUGUGAGGCAGGAGUAGGUCCCACCAGUAAGACAAUAACAGUAUACACCAGACCAUCCUGUCCUCCAGGGAAGCCUCAGGUGUGGCAAACUUCGCUAACAUCUAUAGAAAUACAGUGGUCAAAACCACCAUACAUUAGCCCACACUGUAGUAUACAAAAGUAUAAAGUUAAGCAGCAACAGAAAGGGACAAACUUAUGGGUUACAAAAGGAUUCACGAAAGCUGAUGAACUUACCUAUGAAACAAAAGUUAUACAGGAUACUACUUUGAGGUUCGCAUUAGCUGCUGAUUGUGGUGUUGCGUUAUGCAGUGAGGACAGUGAUCCCAGUGACUACAUUUAUGUAAAAGCUGAUGAUAAGGCUAUAAAAGAUAGCAAAAGCAUAAAAUGGAAACAAGAAUUGUAUCGUGCAUCGAACCUUGUUGACAAAGGUCCACCUUCCAUUUAUAUGCUUAAAACAGAAUUAGUAUUUUCCAAAGAUCAUGAUCUGAUAAGAAAGUAUGAACUAACAACACUAAAACAGAAAAUAGGUGCUGAGGAAAAAGUAAUCUUACUAGUCGGAGCAACAGGAUCAGGAAAAACAACUUUGAUCAAUGGCAUCAUCAACUACAUCUUUGGUGUGAACUGGAAAGACGAUUUCAGAUUCAAAUUAAUAGCAGAAGACAGCAGCCAUGAUCAAGCGAAAAGUCAGACCAAACACAUUACGUCUUAUACGAUUCAUCAAGUGAGCUCUGAUUACCCUUACACACUGACCAUCAUUGACACUCCAGGGUUCGGUGACACCUCGGGAGUGAAGCGAGACCAGGAGAUCACCAGCCAGAUACACAAGUUCUUCACCACCCAGGGUCCAGGAGGUAUUGACCAUAUUGACGCAGUUGGUUUUGUGAUUCAGUCCUCACUGCCGAGACUAACUCCAACACAGACUUACAUUUUUGACCAGAUUCUCUCCUUGUUUGGCAAGGAUAUUAAGGAUAACAUUUUUCUUUUACUCACUUUUGCUGAUGGUCAAGUACCACAAGUUCUGAGUGGAAUAACAGCAGCUGGUAUGUCAUACAGAAAAUAUUUCAAGUUUAACAACUCUGCUUUAUUUGCUAAACGUACUAAGGAUGCUAGAAAUACUGCAGCUAAAGAUGAGACUGAAGAAGACGAAGCAAAUGUUAAUUUUGAUGAAAUGUUUUGGAAGAUGGGAGCAAAUAGCUUUAAAGUGUUUUUGAAGAAAUUGAAUGAAGUUGAUAGCAGAAGCCUCUGUCUGACUCAGGAUGUCCUCUCUGAGAGAGGAAAGCUACAAAACUACAUCAGAGAGAUUCAGAUACAGAUCCAAGCUGGUCUCAGCGCUCUUGAAACAUUAAAAAAAGAAGCAGAAAUAGUAAAAUCCCACCAAGCUGACAUAGACAAAAAUAAAAACUUCACUUACAAAGUAAACGAGGAAAUAUAUAAGCAAGUUGAAAUUCCACCCGGCCAGUAUAUAACGAAUUGCCAAAAGUGUAACCGAACCUGCCAUGAACUAUGCAAAAUUGCUGAUGAUAAUGAGAAGCAUCGUUGCUGGGCAAUAACUGAUGGUAAGUGUCGUAUCUGCCCAGGAAAGUGCGACUGGUUGGUACACAAGAACUUCCCAUACAGGUAUGUUCUUGAAGUGGUAGAGAGGAUCAAGACAGCUGACGAACUGAGAGCGCGCUAUGAGGAAGCCACACAAAAGAAACUGACAGCAGAGAAACUUAUUUCUAAAAUUGAGGAUGAAUUCAUACUUCUGCAGAAGAAAGUUCUGAAAAUGACCGUAUCAGUGAAAACAUCACUAGAACGCUUGCAGGAAAUUGCACUGAAGCCAAACCCUUUAUCAACAGUAGAUUACAUUGACAUCAUGAUAGAAACCGAGAAGUCACAAGCACAGAAGGGAUGGAUGGAGCGGAUCGAGCAACUAAGAGAACUCAGAAACGAUGCAGAAUUCAUCCAAAAAAUUGCUGACGAUGACUUUCAUCCAUUUUGGGAUAAUACACAAAAUCCAAACCCAGAGAAGGGAAUAGUCCCUAAAAGUCGACUGAACACUGUACUGGAAUAUUUCUAUAAGAAGAAGAAUGCAGUGGUUGGGUUCGUGAAGGCCAGACGUACCCAUCAGUGAUCUAACAAGAUCUCUGCCCUGUCUUCUUCAACAGCGGCAUCCAUCGCAUUUCUGUUCCCACAUUGCUUGAUAAUGGUACAGGAUGGACCGAAAUAUUUCGUUUGUUGUGAGACAACAAACAAAGCAAAACAAACAAGGCCUAUAAUCGCGUUUCUGGGUUAUCCUAUGUAUGUUUUUUUUUAUAUGCACAAUCUUCAACUGGCUUUGCCACAUUUCUUGAUUUGAAAUCUGCAUUAUAUCGUAAAUAUAAUUAACCUACAUAUAUGACCUAGCUAAAAUUAAUAUUAGUGUUAACCUACUUGUAUGUUGUAAUAACCUCAUUUGCAUAUGUUUGUGUACACAUCCACACAUUGACCCUGGAUUUUAACCCAGACAUUUUUCUUAUCUCGUGUAGCUAUCUUCAUUAUUCAUAAUAAAAAACCUUGACCCGGAACUUAGCCUCUGAAAGGAAAUAUAUGGAAGCAACAGCUUACUGACAAUAAGGGCGAAUAUUGUACAGCAAACACUGCUGUAGCUGGUCUUAACAAAGGUACCUUGACGUCAGUGUGAGCUGCACUCAGCUCACACUGACGUCCACGUACGAGACCUCAGUGUACUCACCUAUAUGUGGUUGCAGGGGUCGGUUCAUAGCUCCUGUGAGGGUAUGGGUCAUAUCCUAGGACAAAAUUGACCUAAUUUGCCCGAAAUGCUGUGCAUAACAAGGGGCUUUCUACAUAGUAUUAUGUCACUGAUGUCAGCUAUGGUCUGUAUAUCUUGUACAUAUACUUGUAGAAGUUAACAUAUUUUUAUUAUUAAGAAUUUUCCCUGACAACACGAGGUCACCAAGCAAACAAUGGUGAUGUCAUGGCAUUACUUCAGUUUCUAAAUACCAUUUUCUCUUUUAUUAUACCAAGCGAGACCCGAGUGAAGCACGACACCAACAUACUCAACAUUACUGGGUACACAACUAUUAUCAUAACUGUCGGACUAACAAGAAAGAUAAUGCUAGUGCAGUUAUUUACAAUAUGAGCGAAUUCAACUGUGUUCAUAUUAUAGGCUGUGUUACCACUGUCUCUGGGAGGUUAAAUCACCACCACGGUUGGUAGCAAACUCUUCUCAUACACUGAGUGUCCGUGGUUCGAUCCCCGGUGCGGAUGGGAACAUUGGGCGUGUUUCCCUACACCUGCUGUCCCUGUUCACGUAGCAGCAAGUAGGUACCUGGGUGUUAACCAACUGGUAUGGGUCGCAUCCUGGGGGACAAAAUUAACCUAAGUUGCCCGAAAUGCUCUGUAUAGCCAGGGGACUUUCUAUAUAGUAUGUCAUUGAUGUCAGCUAUGGUCUGUAUAAGUUGUAUCAUAUACUUGCAGAAAUAAUUAUUACAAUUAUUAUUAUUAUCAUUAUUAUUAUCAUUAUUAUUAUUAUUAUUAUUAUUAUUAUUAUUAUUAUUAUUAUUAUUAUUAUUAUUAUGUAGACCAAACUAUUUCUAAACUUUACCUGAUGAACAAUUACCACACUCUGCGUCAUUAUGUGCUGGAAUACCGUAAAAUUGAUGAAUUUCGAGACAAUUCACUCAGAAAUGUUCAAGAAAUGUGAAAGUAUUUUAUCCACAGUGGUAUAUUAAAAACCACUGUCAAAAAUGCCCUGACUUUUACCACUAUUAAUGACGCAUAAUCAAUUAAAAAUAUUUACAAGAAUACUGUAAUAAAAUAUAAGGGAAUA